AUGUCCGCUACACGCCACGCAGCGGGGCAACCACGAGUGCAGCAAGCGGCAGAGGUUUGUGGAACGUGCGGGAUGACGGAGGCUACUGGUGGUAUCGGUGUGAAGCGGUACCGGUCGCCGAUGAAGGUGAAGCUGCCGAUCACGCCGCCGUCGAGCGUCAAAAAGAAGCAGACAGAGGCCUGCGACAGCGGGCCGAGCGUGUCCGAGGAGGUCACACCGAAGGAGCUGUUACCGGCGCUGCGCAAGGCGCGGGCUCCGGUGCGGAGGAAGCCGCGGCUGACGUACAGGCCUGCGACGAACUCGGUAUUUCAGCUAGCGCAUUACGUCAGUGACCCGGAGCUGGUGAGCGCGCGGGACGCCGACUUCAUUCGGUAUGCGCUCCAGCACAGUCGGGACAUCGUGGUGGUCACGGGUGCGGGGAUCUCUGUGGCUGCAGGCAUCCCAGACUUUCGGUCCAGCGACGGAUUGUUUGCGACGUUGCGUGGCGGCAAGGUCAAGUCGGGCAAACAUUUGUUUGACUUCAAUCAUGUGUACUCAUCGGACGACAUGAGCAUGCAGUUCAACAGGAUGAUCGUGGACAUACAUGGCAAGAGCCAGCGGUUUGAGCCGACAGAGUUCCAUCGGCUUUUGGACGGGUUAGCGCAGCAGGGGCGGGUGCGGCGGAUUUAUACUCAGAACAUUGACUGUCUCGAGAACAAGCUAGCAAACAUCUCUUCUCUGCAGACCGGCCCGAAGCAGGUUCCAAAGACGAUACAAUUACACGGUAGCAUAAAUCACAUGUGCUGCAACAAAUGCCGAAAGAUAUAUGACAUGGAUCCAACUCUUUUCAAGUGCGGGGAUAAUGAUACCACAGGUGAUGUGAUACCUGUGUGCCCCGAGUGCGAAGAGCUCGAGGCUGUUCGGCGCAUUGCCGGAAAACGAGAACAGGGAGUUGGAAAGUUGAGGCCAUAUAUUGUUCUAUACAACGAAGUUCAUCCUGAAGGUGAGAAGGUGGGUGAAAUUGUGGCCAAGGAUUUACGCUUGAAGUGCGAUUGUUUGAUAAUUGUGGGGACAUCACUACAGAUUCCCGGCGUAAAGACUAUCUGCAGGCAGUUUUGCCAGGCUGUGCGCGCACGGAAGGGGAUCGUGUUGUGGGUGAACAAGGAGCUCCCGACGCAAGCCAUUCAGGAUUUCCUAGGCGGAAUGGAUUUGAUCAUUGUUGGCGACUGCCAGGACCUCACUACACUAGCGCCUUCAUUCAAUUAG